AUGGCUUCCCCCAAAAUCGUAGCGGUAUUCGGUGCUACAGGCAACCAGGGGGGCUCUGUUGCUAAAUCCCUCCUCGGAAACAAGGGCAGUUUCCAAGUUCGUGGUAUUACUCGCAAUCCUGAAUCAGAGAGAAGCAAAGCUUUGGUUGGUCUUGGUGCCGAGGUCGUUAAGGCUGAUGGUUUCAAUCCCGCUGAAAUGGUCGAGGCAUUUAGAGGGGCCUGGGGAGCGUUCGUGAAUAUUAACUCGGAUGAUAAGAUUUUCACCGAUCCAACGGCUCCCACCGAAUUUGACCUGGGAAAAAUUAUUAUCGACAGUGCCGUUGAGGCUGGCGUCCAGCACAUCGUCUUCAGCUCCGGUCCUGCCUGCACGGAGUUGACCGGAGGCAGGGUCCAAAUGAAUGCCAUGAACAUGAAAAACAAAAUCGAAAAGUACAUUCGCUCAAUUGGAAAAUUUUCCACUGCUGCAUUUAUCUGCGCGGGGUGGUACUUGGAGAACUUCCUGGCCAAGGAAGUCGCGCCAAUUUUUGGCGGCUUCCCGCACUUCCCUGAUCCGGAAGGGUUCCUCACAUUUAGGGUUCCGAUGUGGGGAGGGAAGGAGGACGUGCCAUGGCUCAGCAUGACCGACGAUUACGGCGACAUAAUCCAGGGCCUAUUUUUGGAGCCCGAGAAGUGGAAUGGCCAUGUUGUCCAUGGAGUGAGCGACAUUCGAAGCUUCAGCGAGUUGGUUGGAGCGUUCCAGCAAGUCACCGGAAAGCAAUCUCGAUUUGAUCCUCUCCUGCCAUCCUGGGAGGCAUUCGAUACGCAUGGAAUUCAUGAGCUCCAAGAUGUGAAAUUGAUGUUUGGGUUCACGCAAAUAACUGGCGGACGAUAUUUUGGUGAGAAAGCAACUGAAUCUGAUACGGCGGCGCAGCUGAAGGAGGCCGGAGCUCGGGCCAGGGGCCAAGAUGGCCCGGAGAUCCAGCUUAUCACUGCUGAAGAAUGGUUCAAGCGGCGGUUUACCGCUCAAGGAGCUUCUGCAUGAUGAGGCUGGAAACUGGAACCUGCAGGAGAUGGACAGUGGAGAUGUGUUCGAGAAGCGCCCAUCUCGGGAAGAUGUUAGUUCAUUGGCUGGCUGGUCAUUUGGACCUGGAGCUGCUUUAUCUCAGCCUAUCGGCUUAGCUUUAACUAAGUAUUCAGUCGGAAUUAAAACGGCUUAUACAGCCUAAUGGUCCGAUUCUCCACCUCUUCUGCACGAACAUUUCAUCCAUUUUUCCCAUAAUAGGCGGCAUUCAGACCGCCAAAUUUUUAGAUGCGGUGCAACUAUUGUAUUG